GCGAUCAACCACCAGCAGUGUGCUUCUGGCCCCAAAACACCAAGCGCCUAUUGCAGGAGGGUCCUGAUGCAGAGGAUGUCUCCUCUGUUAUGUCCGUAGCUGAUCAGGAUGACACCGUGGUUCCUGUGUCUCUCCAGUCACCCUCUAAUGCCAACCAAUCCAAGGACUUCAUUCGCUGCCUGCCACCUCACCUGGCCAUGUACAUCCUGGGGUUUUUGGACCAGAAAUCCCUCAAUGUAUGUGCUGCUGUGAGUAAAUGCUGGGCUUUUCUGGCCAAAGAAGUCAAGAGGGAACGUGUGUGUCAAAGCAUAGUACAGGAGAAGAUCCUGUAUUUGCAGGGGUUGUGCCCUAGAGGAGCAGUUCCAAACUAUGCUAAAAGAGUGGAUGUUACAAUUCCACAGUUAAAUGAAGAGGGUGAUGUCGUUGAAGUGGAAGGCCAAAGCUGGGGAAGUAAAACAACGGAGGAGGAAGACAAUCUGCAGGCAGCCUAUCAUGAUCUGCAAACUGAAACGAUUCAGUUGGAAGAGAGAAAUGUCUUCUGUGGCUCCUAUAAUAUUCGUGUCCUCAUAGACCAAUUGGACCGAAGCAGAAUAAUCCAUUACAGUGGUGGAAACUUGGUAGCCGUUGGCGCUGCGGACCGAAAAGUGAGGCUUCUUGGUAUGUCGAGAAUGAAAGAAGUGCCGCCUCUGCUUUCUGGCCACACUGGGAGCAUCAAAGCACUGUUCCUCAAUGAGAAGAAAGGGUUCGUUCUCAGUGCAGGCUUUGAUCUUGGCAUCAGAUGCUGGAAUAUAUACAGUGGUGCGUGCAUGAAAAUCUUUAAUGGUCACUGCGGGACAAUCACCUGCUUGGAUUUACAUGAAGAGAAGUUUGUGUCGGGAGCCAGAGAUGGGGCGGUGAAAGUGUGGAACCUGGAGAGUGGGAAAUGUCUCAAGACCCUGAAGCACUCUGGUGCUGUUUGGGUAGUUAAAAUGGAUGGCACCCGUGUGGUCAGUGGGUGCGACCGGGGGCUGGUGAAAGUCUGGUGUGCUGAUACGGGCACGCUGAUCAAAACAUUGGAGGGGCACCAAGGCCCAGUUAAGUGCUUGUCCUUUGAUCAGUGGCACCUCGUCACAGGAAGCACCGAUGGAUAUGUCCUGGGAUGGAGCAUGUUGGGAAACCUUAAGAGAUGCCUAAUAGCUUUCCGUCACCCUAAGGAAGUCCUGUCUCUGGAGUUCCUCUAUCUCCGAGUCAUCAGUGGCUGUGCUGAUGGAAAGAUUCGUAUCUUUAACUUCCUGACUGGAAGCUGCCUGAAAGUGUUGAUGGCCAACAGCAGAGGGGACCCCAUAUCUUCUUUCCAUGUUGCAGAAAACAGGAUGGUGAUCAAUUCAACAAGUCUGUUGACGUUCCAGUUUGAGGAUGUCAGGUGGGACUAUACCUUAGAUGCUGACCGAGAGAUGGUGAGGAAGAAAAACCAGCACAAGGGGACUUCAAGCAGAACCGCGCUUCGGCAAACGAAACGCCACAACAUCAGUCAGAGGCACCCGCUUGCUCUGGAGACGCAAGAUGCUGACCAGCUCAUGCUGUCUUACUGGAUCCGCUGCCGGUCACCGAAAGGCUGUGGAAUGUCUCCAACUCUGAUGAAAUCAGCAGCCUGCCAGCAACAGUGGUCUUUUCUCCAGAUGGAGAAGGCUUUUCGUAUUCAGGCAGAGCGGCAGAAAAAGUUUUUCAUUCCUGGCAUGGAACACCGCCAUGCCUCUGCCUCAGGAAAGUCAGCGAGAGCACGUUCCGCAAGAAUCCUGGCAGAUACCGAUGGCAAAUCUGAACGUGGCCCUUCUCUCCAUGCACCUGCACAUCCUGACAGAGCAGAAGCCGCUUUGCUGCAUGAAAAGAGAAGAGGUCCAAGUUGUCCAAUGUCCCCUGACAAGUUCCUCCUAACUGUCAGCAUGCUGCAGAACACCUGCAAGUCAGCCCCGGUCAGCUCCAGUGUUAAGCACGCUGCAAAAGUCAGGGAAGCGUGGGAACAUCAGCAACACCACCCUAAAAAGGUGCAAAUAUACAAAACCCCCCUGCAACACAAAAAGGAUCAGACAGUCCAGCUCCAACGUGUGAGAUUGCACAGUGAUUCUCUGACUAUGAAAAGAAUUUCUACACCCUUUGAAACCAAAACGCUGCAGCUCAAGCUGAAAAACUCUUUGCACGGUCCCACUGUGAUUUCCUCCAUCCCUGCUCCCUCCGUUGUACGUCCCAAGACGACCUGUGGUUUGCUGCAAGAGAAGAAAGCUCACAGUGGUCGUGUGUCUGCUGCAGACCCUUCCCGGAGUGACACUGGGUUCAGGCUUCUGACAGGAAAACAGAAGGAGGCGGAUGAGGCAGCUGCUGUAGCUCAGUAUCGGGCACAACAGAUAAAGCUCACAGAAGAUCAGCAAAAAGCAUGCAAGAAGGCCUGGUUAAGGAAAAUUAAAGGCCUAUCUAUAAACUCUUUUACUGGGGAGGGGAAAAUAGCUGCUCCUGAAGUUGGGUUUAAUGCAUUUAUCUGA